AUGGAGACCACUGUGCAGACAUACAACAGUAUCCGUUCACAGAUGCUGCCCGGAGAUCUGAGCCAGAGAUUCACCAGUGAUGUAGAAACAAAUCAGCUGAGGCUGGCUCCCAGCAGCAGCAACCUAGCUCCAGAGGGCCUCUGGACGCUGGAGGCAGAUCUGGUACCAUUAUUACCUUCUUCUUUUCCCCAAUCCCACUCAUUUUUUCUUUCUUUUGAAGAUCCCCGGGAUGAGGGAGACCUGAGAUUUGCACCUUUGAACUCCACGGCGCACUCAUUCUCCAGCAGCUCCGAAUCAAACCUGAGUCUCUCUGUAGGCUAUUUCCCCGGUGAGGACAACUUUUCCCAUGAGAACAUUAUCUCCUGUGAAGACACAUCUCCUGAAGGUCCUUCAAUCCACUUUGUCCCUCCUAUCCAAGGGACAUGGCGGACUGAAAACAUAGGGAGACUCCUGGGGAAACGAGACCAAAUACAGGACGACCCAGAGCAGUUUUGUGAAAUAAGCAUCACCCUGGCCUGGGAUGUUGACAUGGCCUCUAAGAAUUCAGACUCGAUGGCUAACUGGGACCUAAGUGGAGACAACCAGUGGAUAGACAAGUAUCCCAAAGAGAAGACACAACUGACUCUCAGCAAACUGGAUGGUCUUGUGCAAAAGCUUGAGAAAUUUCUACAGAACCAGAAAGAUGAUGAAGAUGAGGACUCUGUGUUCCACGAAUCUGUUCAGGAGGAAGACUCUCAGCUGUCUAGCAGCUCCCCGCCAGGUAUGGCUCAGCUUGGUCAUCAAGAACAUGAGAGCUGUCAAGACUUGACCAAGUUCAACCCAUCAGAAAAUGAAGAUGUCAUCCAGUUUGCACAGAUUCCUCCAAGGCUUCAGAAACAUGAGCUUUUGCUGAACCAGGUCACUGGCAGCCAAAGGACAAGUAUUGCAGAGCCCUCCUCAAUCUCAUCAGGUCCGCAAGAGAAGGAGGACACUCACUCCAGCACACAAGCCCUCUCCUGUCUGAACUUCGGGUGGAUCUUCCGCUGGCUAAGGCACCAAGUCCCCUCUUUUUUGGGGAGAGAGCACCCCGAGAAGGCCACUGAGAGCCCCCAUCAGCUAGCACAAAAGAAACGACUCUCUCACAGAAGCAAGAGAAUCCAACCACAAGAAUCCCUCGAAUUAGGACACCCCAUAUCGCCAGAUUUUUAAACUUUUUGAUAGCCCCUAUUCUACAAUCCCCAUGAGCUAUUUUUUUCCCAAUAAACAAAAUACAUAUUCUUGUUAUCCAUGUCUUCUGCUCUCAGCUCAAGAUGCUGGCUCAGGCUGAAAGUUUAUAUGUUGGCCCGAAGACGGAAAUAUAUUCUCUGGGAAGUUUCAGUAUUACCAUCCUUCCUAACUUGAAGGCAUUCUUUUUCCCUCCUCUCCCCACUUCUUUCUGUAUUUCACCCUAUUUCACUUUAUAUAUUUUAACCGAUUUUAUCAUUAAUCCAAAUCCCCACUUUCAGAAGGCAGCAGUACAACCCGUCAAAUUCCCAACAUGGCAGGAUGGCUUUGGUUGAACCUGCAGGACUCAAGCAAGUGGCAGAGGAUACCAAGUCCCUCAGGAAGCUAAGCUCAAUUGGCAGUUUCAGGCGUUCAAGGCGGCAGAUCUGAUGUUCCCAGAAGAUCUGACUGGUUCUAGUACACCUUGCCUUGGCUAGAAUAAGUAGCCCACUUAGGAGGAAUGCGAGGAUUGGGAAUGCCUAACUUUCCUUAUUCAUAAGACGGGGAAGGUAAUAAUACAGACUUCAUAAGGUUGUUGUGAGAAUUAAUGAGAUAAUGCAAGCACUUGAAUAAUAUCAUUACUAAUGUUAUGGCUAUUAUUCAUUCUCCUGAGGAUAUCCCCAGAAGCCCUGAUCCAAGGAACAUCCAAGAGUGAGAAUUUAAGAGUCAAUUCUCAUUGAAAUAUUUCCCACACCGAAGCAAUAUUUACAAAAAGUUAUGGGUUUCAGCAGAUCUUGACUCAACCAAGUUCCCUCCCAGUCCAUUCCCCACUGUGCCCUCUGAAAUUCCUUUACAAUGGUCACUAAACUUUCCAAUAAAUGUCAACUUCUUUGAGGAAGGCUGUAGUCACACUUUUAGCCCCUAUUAUUGUUAUCACCUCACCUCCUGGGUACCACCACCAUCCUCCUUAUUCACGCUCAGGUUUACUCAAGAGCCCUCCUUCAGCUUUUGCUACCACCCUCUAGGACCUUCAGAGUUCAUAUGAUUCUUUGGUUUCAAACUCCUUCCUUUCCACAAUUUUAAUUUCUUUAUCUCUUCCUUCCUCUCUUUUUCUCCUUCCUUCCACAAAAUUUAGCACAUAGGAGCACAAGAUAAUUUUCUAGCUUACAAAAAACAAAGCAAAAACACAUUCAAUCUUUGAGCUCCAGCUGGCUUAUUAUUUAAGAGAUAAAGCCAUGUAAACAUAUGACUAUAAAGGGUUAUGGCUGGUAAUACAAUAGUUUGUACACGGUCCAUACUGACUACUAAACAAUAAUCAAUUCAACAUGGGGAGGUAGAUUUUACAAGGUUUCAUAUACGAGGUUGCUUGAGUCACAAAUGUGGUUAGUUUAAGGCGGAGGACUUUAGAAACUGGCAUGGAGUUAAGGUGUGCGAUCCUGGCUGGUUAUACAUGAGAGACACUGGAGAGGAUAUUGUCCCAGGAAAGACAGCACCAUGGGAAGGAAGGAAUCAAAGAGCAGGGCCUUCUUAGCAGUAUAUGCUCAUGGUCACACCCUGAAUCUCUGCACAGCCACACUCCUCACUUUAUCCACCUCUCUGAGAAUAUUUCCCAUUCAACUAGCUCACGUGAAUGCCCUCCGCCACCUUCAGCUGCUCUUUGACUUCACCAAGACUUUGAGUCCCAUUACCCUACCCGUUCCAUGACUUUCAUUCACCUCCUUCCAGAUGCAACCUUUGCCCCUCCUUCCCAAGCCAUGGCAUAUCCACCACAUCUACUAGCAUUCACAGUGCCUGCCCUUUUCUUCUCCCAGCUCUUCUUUUAAUCUAUACUCUCCAAAUUCCCCAACAGAACAACUGUCUUGCGUCUCAUAAGGGCCAAUACACAAACAUAGGAAUUACCGUCUCCAUUCCCUGGAGAAUUCCCCCAGUGCCUUCUCAAGUCCAUAUUGCCUAGGGCACUCAUCCUUAAAGACCCUGCUCUAGGGCUGCUAUGAGGCCAAGACUGAUUCUUCCAGUUGACAUGGUCAACUUUACUUAAGCUGUCCCC